AAGAAGCAUCCCAGCACGCAUGCAGGUUCUUCAUCCUAACUGGUACAACCACUGCAAAUCUCUGAAGCAACUCUCCAAUCAGACUCAAGGAGGUUGACGACCGCUCCUAUCAAGUGAGAAGAGAACUAAGCGCCGCCGGUCUUAUCGCGCGAGUGGCAAUCAACCACUCCUCUUCCCGAGUCUAUCUCCAUCUCCAUCUCCUAUAUCAAUCAACCUCCUCCUCAAACCAACUCAUUCAACCACAACCACACCUCUACAUACACAUACAACCGUUCAAAAUGGACUACACAACCCCACCGCAAUCCCUCACCUCCUCCCCCUCUAUGCCAACAAAAUCAACAACAACAACAACCCGACCAACCCUAUCCCUCGACCUCACCAACCUCCCAGCGCUAAGCCAACCAGCAACCCCAACCAACACCCUAAUAAUCACGGACCUAAACGACCUUCACCUCUUCGAUCCUCCCUCUCUAAGCGCCCUCCGCAACACCCUCAACAACCUCGCGCCACUAAACUCCUUCUCCCCACUCCCCUCCCUCCGCCGCCUGCUCUGCUCAUUCCACACCGCAACAGACGCCCUCUACAUCCGCAAACUCCUCUCCGACACCAGCACCAGCACCACCACUAAUCCCCUGAAAACCCACACAAACUUUUACUCAACCAAACCCCUCAACCCCAAGAUCUACUUCGGCGAAACCACACCAUUACAGACAGGCCACGACGCGCGCCCAAAACUCCUGGCCGCCCCCCAAGUCGACAAGCUCUUCUUCAUCAGCCCGCCGCCGUCGCCGCCGCAUGGCUGGGUCCUCCGGCAGGAAGAUCCUCCCAACAAGGAAGUCCACGCCAGUGACCUCGCGCACGCGCUCUCGAAGCUCAAUACCGAGAUGGAUUUGUCACUGGCACAGGGCCAGAGCCAAGGGGCGCCGGAAACGCCCGUGUCGGCUGUUUCGGAUAAGCAGCAGCUAGGGCAGCAGCGCACAGGCAGCUGGCCCACCAGGCGCAGUCGGAGUAGUACGCUGAUCUAUCACCCUGAGGAUCACGGUGGGAGUCCCGGGUUGCCGGCGGUGAUGGUUGAGGAUAUGAGUAGUGAGUUGUUUAUGGAUGAGGAUGUUGAGAUGGGGAGUCCGCUUGAGGUGGAGGAUGGGGAUGAGGAGAUGGAUGAUGAGGGCGCGGGGAUGAUGGGGAUGUCUGUGAAGCGCAUGCCGCCGAAGACGGCGAGGCCGCCUGUUGAGUUGAUGUGAUGUUUUUCUCUUUUGCUUUGCUCCCGGGAGAUGGUUUGGGAUUGUUCUGAGAUUGUCUUAUUGGCUCGGUGUUUGAGGGAAUGGCGUUCUUGAGGCUUGGUUUGGUUGGCAUGGUUGGGUACAAGACAUUUCAUUACCUACAUAUUGCAUUGAAUUGCGAUAGUUUUUCAUACUUCAUCUUCUUCUGUGGAGCUUUCGUUGUUAUUUAAUUCCCUUCGUGAUUUAUAAUCUGACGUGCACAGAAUGGAGGUGUCGAUUACAAUUACUUUUUUCUAGUCCAUUAAACCAGCUCGAAUAAACUAUCAAGG